UGUGGAUUUAGCACACAAAGGCGUCAAGCAUUCUGCCAGCAACAUGAUAUGCGUGCCAUCCGAAUUGCAGCCUCAUCUGUAGCUGCAUUUGUAGUUCUUUCAUUGAUUGUGGCCACUGUGAUAUAUCUCUCCUUGAAGUCAAGGUACAAUGAAGAGAUAAAUAUGAAGGUUGAAAUGUUUCUCAAGGCAUAUGGCUCAUCAAAACCCACAAGGUACACUUUCCCUGAAGUUAAGAAGAUAGCAAGACGGUUUAAGGAUAAACUCGGCCAAGGUGGAUUUGGAAGUGUGUACAAAGGUGAGCUACCAAAUGGAGUGCCUGUGGCAGUCAAGAUGCUAGAGGGCUCCACAGGAGAGGGAGAGGAAUUCAUCAAUGAGGUUGCAACCAUUGGACUAAUCCACCAUACAAAUAUCGUCCGUCUCUUGGGCUUUUGCUCUGAAGGAAUGAGACAGGCUCUUAUUUACGAAUUCAUGCCUAAUGAGUCACUGGAGAAAUACAUAUUUCCACAAGUUUCUAAUACUUCUCGACAACCCCUAGCACCCAACAAAAUGCUAGAUAUUGCGUUAGGAAUUGCUCGAGGAAUGGAAUACCUGCAUCAAGGCUGCAACCAGCGGAUUCUCCAUUUUGACAUCAAGCCACACAACAUCCUGCUGGACUACAACUUCAACCCGAAGAUCUCAGACUUUGGCCUUGCAAAGCUGUGUGCAAGGGACCAAAGCAUCGUUACCUUGACUGCAGCAAGAGGCACCAUGGGAUACAUCGCACCAGAGCUAUAUUCUCGGAACUUUGGAGGGGUGUCUUACAAGUCAGAUGUGUACAGUUUCGGCAUGCUGGUGUUGGAAAUGGUGAGCGAGCGGAGGAACUCAGACCCAAGUGUUGAGAACCAGGACGAGGUAUAUCUCCCGGAGUGGAUCUACGAGAGAGUAAUCAGUGGGCAUGAAUGGGAGCUUACUUCAGAAAUGACAGUAGAAGACAAAGAAAAGAUGAGGCAGCUGACUAUUGUGGCAUUGUGGUGUAUCCAAUGGAACCCAAAGAAUCGGCCUUCAAUGACGAAAGUUGUAAACAUGCUAACAGGGAGGUUGCAGAACCUGCAGAUUCCCCCCAAGCCCUUUGUGUCGUCUGACAAUCGCCGUAUGCCACAAAACACGACAAACAGAUGAAUAUGCACUGUGUUUUUGUGUAUUUUAUUACACGUUUGAGCGAAGUUAACUCGCAUCUGUGUUGCAAACUGUAAUGCCUUGUACUUCCAUGUCGAAUGUUAAUUCGACUACAUACUGAACUGAACUACGUACAUGGGUCACCUGAUCUGUACC